AAGGUGAAAUAUCGUAAAAUUUUCUUUAAAAAAAACGUGGCGCCAGCACCGUACAAUGUAGAAAAGAUGUCUUCAAGGGAGAAGUUAUCAUUCCAUUCUCAAAUGGGACAAGUGUUCUCAGCUAUGUGGCGGUUUUAUUUGGGUGUGACAAGCCUCAUUUGGGUAUUUCCUUGGCAAGUGGAAUCUCAUUUUGAUCCAGCUCUCAGACAGCUAGCAAUUGAAGUUCACACAGUGCGGCCCACCUCUGUAGAUCUCAGCUGGACCACUGUGCAUGCAAAUGCAUCAGAGCUGCGAAACUCCGCCCAGUGUGAGGUCAUCAUCUGGACAUCCAUCAUUGAUGGACGUGAAGUCUUGGAAAACUAUAAUCUUCAAAAUCAUCUCAUUCAUAUCAAAUAUUUAGAAGAGAAAACACAGUAUGCAUUGUUCCUAAGUUGCCGUGUGAAUGGGACAGCCUUGCACAGCAAUGUGGUGGAUUUUGUAACAGGAAGCCAAACCCUCCUGCCUACAUCUUCCACAUCUUCAUCCAACUCCAUCAAUGGCAACCGUGGUGAUGAUGCUUCUCUGGAAGAGCCCCUCCGAAAGGAGCUGAGUUACACCGGGGACGAACCAGAGGAUGCCCGCAGCAACAAACCAGACAGCCCUACCAUCUACAAAAAUAAACUCAACGCCUUCUCCAACGUCCUUGAUGCCACAUUGGGCAUCAUCUUUGCUGUGUUUGGUGGUGUCGUGGCCUUGGUCACUGGGUGCUAUGUGUAUAAGGGAUGGCAACGAAGACAGAGAUUCCAUAGGUUUACAAGGCAUAGAGACAGCUCUGAUCAGUUUGACAUCAUCCAACAGAACAUUUCUGAAGUUUUCUGAUGACAACAGUUCUCACCCCAUGCUACAUCUCCCUAAACACACUUACAUAUACUCCACUGCCACAGACACCCACACCCAUACCCUGGCCCUCACCUUUGUCACAUCCAUGUAUAUAGGCUUGUUAAUAUGCAGUAAUAGUCUGUGAUAUAUUGUUAAAAACUCAGAUGAUGGUUAUUAUUAACUGGCUCUGCUUCACAGAACGAUUUCAGUGCUACUGGUACCAUCCUCUGAAUGGUGUAUUAACUAUAUGUAGUUGUUCAUGGCUGAGAUGAAAAGUGCUGGGUGUUAAGGCAUUUUUAUGAGAAUGGAUGAGUGGGGUGAGGGAAGUUGUUUUUGUUUAAUAGCUUUGCUCGUAGACACGAGGCUGCAUUAAAUUUUGUGUUUUCGUGUGACGGAGUAAGACUUGCCUCUGAGUGCAGGGUUGCUGAUGUGAAUUUAAAAAUGCUUCGGUGGACCCUGUGUGUGUUCGACGCUCUUUUCCUGGUUCCUCCUCGCUAGGGGUAAAUGUAAUAGAGUGUGCUAUCUAGCUGGAGGGAAUUUCCCUAACCCAAAGGUAGCUGGUUCUAAUCUCCAGCUGGUAAAGUCCUGUCACAUUUAUCUUACAUGCAUACACAGGUUAAAUGCUCUGUUCAGGUCGCAUGUUGAAUUUUUAGUUAAAGAAAUAUUGCUAGAAGCCCACUUUUUUUUUUUGCAGUUGUUGUUAUGAAACCUACAUGAACAAACGUAUGAAUAGGGUGUGUCAUUCACAGAAAUUCAUUACUACAUAUCUUUGAGGAUGAGCACUCCAUGUUGUUAUGUAAGUGUAGGACAUGGUGUGGUCUUACAUGGAGGUCAGUCUUCAUCUGGACAUAUUGGCCCACACCAGACAUUGGCUACAUUU